AUGUAUCUCUACAGUCUUACUCUGCAACAGGCGACCGAAAUCAUCUCCGCCAUCAACGGCGGGAGACGCAGGAGAUUGCGGUUGCUCGUGGGAAGAUCCAAUCGUCCUGACGAGAACGGUAAGAUCCAGACGAUACACUCUGUUCAAGUAUUUGGUGCCAUUAGAUCUUUAGCUCAAUUUAGGUUGACUUGUGCGCAGAAGGAUUAUAUCGUGGUUGGUUCAGAUUCGGGUAAGAUUGUUAUGCUUGAGUACAACAAGGAGAAGAAUGUGUUUGAUGAAGUCAGCAGCCUUUUGAGAAGUCAGGUUGCCGAGGAAUUGUACCAGGCCAGUACUUGGCUGUUGAUCCCUAAGGGAGAGCAGUAA